UUGAGUGACUUAACGCUAACUUGGACACCAGAAAGGACUUUUAAAGCCGACCAGCGUCUCUCCAGAGGACUUUUUAGACUGAGCCGUCCCACAUUUAGGAGUGGGGGGGGUUUUGGGGAGCCACGUGUACAGGAACUGGAGCCUGACAGCUCGCCUUACUGGAACCACUGCACUGUUUGACUAGGAAGUCCAGCCCCGCAGGCAACCAUGGCUGUUUGGAGGAAACUGUGGUGCAGAAACCUCCUGGCAGUGUCUCUGCUCGUCUACUUCCUGCUCCACACCAUGGACGUACACGCACGGCCAGCCAACAUGUCAGCCGCCAAAGACAAGUCUCCACCCAGCAAGGAUGAAAAUGAGAUUCUUCCCCCAGACCACCUGAACGGGGUGAAGAUGGAGAUGGACGGUCACCUGAAUAAAGAUUUCCAUCAGGAGGUGUUCCUGGGUAAAGAGCUCGACGAGUUCGAGGAGGACUCGGAGCCCAGGAGGAACAGAAAGAAGCUGAUUGAAAUUUUCACCAAAGUUGAUUUCAACAAGGACAGGAGUGUUAGCGCCAAGGAGAUGCAGCGCUGGAUUAUGGAGAAGACGGAGGAGCACUUCCAGGAGGCCACGGUGGAGAACAAGAACAGUUUCCGUGCCGUUGACCCGGACGGUGACGGCCACGUGACAUGGGAUGAAUACAGAAUCAAAUUUCUGGCCAGCAAAGGAUUGAAUGAAAGGGAGAUCGCUGAGAAAAUAAAGAAUAACGAAGAUCUGAAACUGGACGAGGAAACUCAGGAGGUUUUGGAGAGCCUGAAGGACCGCUGGUUUCAGGCUGACAACCCUCCAGCUGACCAGCUGCUGAAUGAGCAGGAGUUCCUGUCCUUCCUCCAUCCUGAGCACAGCAGAGGCAUGCUCAAGUACAUGGUCAAGGAGAUUGUGCGUGACUUGGAUCAGGAUGGUGAUAAGAAACUGACCUUGUCGGAGUUCAUCUCUCUACCUGUGGGCACCGUGGAGAACCAGCAGGCUCAGGACAUCGAUGACGACUGGGUGCGAGAGAGGAAGAAGGAGUUCGAGGACGUCAUCGAUUCAAACCGCGAUGGCAUCGUCACCAUGGAGGAACUGGAGGAGUACAUGGACCCGAUGAACGAGCACAACGCCUUGAACGAGGCCAAGCAGAUGAUCGCCGUCGCAGACGAAAACCAGAAUCACAAUUUGGAGCUGGACGAGAUUCUCAAGUACAGCGAAUACUUCACGGGCAGCAAGCUCAUGGAUUACGCUAAAAAUGUUCACGAGGAGUUCUGAAGACACACUUCCCCUCGCAGUCUGCUCAGCAAAGCGCGGCGACAUCCUACACGUGCUUCAGGGACAAACCUGAGGAGGGGGGGCGGCGAAAACAAUGGGAUGUUCUAGUGUGCAAUUCUGUGUUUAAAAGCCUAGCCUCGACGGCCUCUUUCACUGCUGACUGCGAUUAAUACAUCCUCCCUUCAGCCCUGGACUGUCCGCCAGCCGUCAUUAACAUGCCUUUUGUGUGCUGUCGGACUUUUAAUGUCGGGCUGCUCAACUCCAAAUUUCUUUGUGUGAUAUUGUGAAGUGUGUGUAUAUGAGGAAUUUUAACCCUGAGUAGAUAUUUCUGUUCCUGGUGCAGUGGUGAGAGAGACUGCGCAGCUAGGUGAUGUCACUGUUUGUUCUGCGGGAUCUGUCGAUUUUAGCCGGCGUGUCUGUACACAGUGUAAAUAUUCAUUGCCACGUACCAAUGCGUCUGUCGGAGAGAAAAGCUGAAAAAUAAAUAUAAUGCUGCUACAGUAAAAACCCUAAUAGAGAUAUCUUUACGAAAGGAGUUUAUUGGUCACGCACACUAAUAUUCCCCUAAAUUUAGAGGUGUAUUUUAUUAUUAGUGGUGCAGAAUUGACCCUUUGCUAAGCCCCGCCUUUCUAUGAUAGGCUGUCGAGCUGUCAGAGGUCAGAGCGAGCAUGUAGCCCACGCUGUCACAAACUUCACUUCCUGAGGAAAUUUUAGCACAUUUUUGCAAAAAAAAAACCCAAAGAGAAACAGGCAAAGGGCUCUGCAAUAUGAAUUUGAAGGAUAAAUUUAGGAUGCAAAAACAGAUUAAGAUAACACUGUGACAAAUUUUCUUGUAAAAUUACCAUGAACUACUUGCUGCUGUAGUUGCAGGCAUCCUACUGUUGUCCCACAGUAUCAGUACCAAAAAGUACUCAAACAGUAUAGACCGUCAAAUUUAUUACAGUAUUCUACAGUAGAAUUUGAGGUUUAUGAUGUAAUAUUGGCUCCAAAAAGCAUCAAAAUUAAGUGUUUUACUGUAUUUUGAAAAACUACAUCACUGUUAGAGUAUGGCAGUAUUUUAGAAGCUAAAGCCUACAGAUCACAGUGUAAAAGUGAACCACAGCGUCACUGGCGAUCAA